AUGCUUAAUUUAACUUCUCAUUAUUAUUCUUGUGAUCUAUUUAAUGAAAUGACACCACCUAUUAGUGAUCUUGAAUAUUUAGCUGAUGUUAAUGCAGGUAUAUUUCAAGUUAUGCAAACAGUUGAUCCAAAUGCUGUUUGGAUAAUGCAAGCUUGGCUAUUUCUUUCAAGUUUUUGGACUCUUGAUCGUGUAAGAAGUUAUCUUAGUAAAGUUCCAAUAGGUCGCUUAAUUCUUCUUGAUCUAUAUUCUGAAGCUCUUCCACAAUAUUUACUUUUUGAAUCAUUCUAUGGACAUUAUUAUAUAUGGAAUAUGUUACAUGAUUUUGGUGGAAAUAAUUUUCUCUUUGGUUCACUUAUUAGUAUUACUAAUGGUCCACAAUCUGCACGAAAUUUUUCUGGUGAUCAUAUGAUUGGAGUUGGUAUUACAAUGGAAGGUAUUAAUCAAAAUGAAAUUAUGUAUGAAUUUGCUCUUGAACAAUCAUGGCGAAGUCCAUUAAAUAAUAUCGAAUUAAAUGAUUGGCUCAUUGGUUUUGUUAUACGUCGAUAUACAGGUGACCAUUCAAUACCUAAUUCAGCGUUAUCUGCAUGGAAAUUAUUAGGAAAUUCAGUUUAUCUAAGAAAUGUUCAUCCUGACCGUCCAAUUAUAUUAAGUCGACCGAGACUUAAUAUUGAACAAAAUAUCUAUUUUGAUAUACAAUGUUUAUUCUUAGCAUGGGAAUUAUUAGUUAAUGCAUCCAAUGAAUUAAAUUCAGAUUUAUUUCGAUAUGAUUUAGUUGAUAUAACUAAAGAAAUUCUUCAAUAUAAAUUUGUUAAUGUUUAUAUUCAAUUUAUGUCUGCUUAUAAUCAAAGUGAUCUUUAUGGUGUUAGUACUCAAGCAGCUAUUCUUGUUGAUAUAUUAACAGAUAUAGAAUUAGUAUUAGCUUCUGAUCGUCGAUUUUUAUUAGGAAAUUGGAUUCAAGAUGCAUUACAAUUUGCACAAAAUGAAGAAAAUAUUCAUUUUUAUAAUUUUAAUGCUAAACUUCAAGUAUCAAUUUGGGGAAAUAAUUAUACAUUACAGUUGUAUGAUUAUGCAAAUAAAUUUUGGUCAGGAUUGAUUGAAAAUUAUUAUGCUCAACGAUGGAAUGUUUUCUUUGAUGUUGUUAUUAAAAGUCUUAUUGAAGGUCAUCCAAUAGAUUCAAAUUUGUUGAAUAAACGUUUAUUUCUUGAAGCUGAAUUACCAUUUUUUAUGUUGGAUAUUAAAAAAUAUCCAACUAAUACACAAGGUGAUUCAAUAAUGAUUGUUCGUCAAUUAUUUAACAAAUAUCAUUCAUCUUUGAAUGAUUUUUUUUUUGAAAGUAAAAACUACAAGAAAAAUAUUUCCAUUGAAAUAUUAUUUUGA